CAAAAUACAACUCACCCACCGUGUGUAAGACCGCGCGGGAAAAAUUAUAAUUAUUACGUGUUCCAUGUUUUAGUUCUCUCACUCGUCACGAUCUCUACAACUAACCGAGCGAAUCAGAAACGACUUGUUUUGGAUCACCCUACGCAGCGAACUUCGUACGCUCGUCAGCCACCAUCGCGAACUGCUGAUCAAUGUGGACCGUUUGUGUAAUCUGGCCGCCAUGCCGUUUCUUUCGGAAACACUCGCAUGCAUUCUGAUAUCAUCGAUCUCGGUAUUCUUCCUGCUGAAUGGGGAAGCUCUCAGUUUGCUGUUCAUCACGUGCGUUCUCAUGUUCGAAAGCUUCUACGUCAGCUCGCUGGUGGAGGAGCUGCAGGACGUCCACGCAGCCAUGGGGACCGUUAUCUACGCGCUGGAAUGGCCUACUGAGUUGCGGUACGAUCGCAGAAAUCACCAUCACUACAAAUACGUCAGCAAGGUUUUGCAGUUCAUGCUGAUGCGGACACAGAGCAGAGUGCGCUUCCACUGCGGUGGGCUGUUCGAGAUGUCUCGAGGAACGUUCACCUUCACGGUGAAAACUUGUUACACUAUGCUAACGUUUAUUCUGCGCAUGCAGGAUAGUGGAUAAUCAUCCGCUAAUGCUUAUCUUGUUUGACACUUUUCUAUAAUUCUUGUAUCGAAGUGGAAUAAAAAUAAU